UAACCCCUCUUCUUUCUUCCCCAGAUUCCUCAGAGCAGUGCACUGCUGGACGUUCUCCAUCAUCCAGUCCAAACCCAACUAAAAAGACGACAACGAUUAAUUGGUCUUUUCCCGAUAAAAUCAAGUCACCGCGAACUGUCCGCAAACUCUCUAUGAAGAUGAAGAAGCUGCCUGAUCUGAGUCGGAAGCUCAGUGUUAAAGGCAACCCUAUUAACAAUGUGCCCGUCAAUAAUAUCCAAUCAGAGCCCAGGGCUCACUCACCGAGAGUCAAUGGAAUGGCAGAUCUGGGCCCAUCCAGACUGCCCCCUGCUGGCGUGACCACGGCUUUGGCCAGCGGAAACGUGAUCUGGCGAUACCAUCUGGACAGCAGUGUUUCAACACAGCACAGUUUCGAUAAGCGGAGAAGCAACAGUGCUGGAGUUCCCAAAUCUGCAAGUAAAGGAGGAUACCUCAGUGACGGAGAUUCACCGGAACUUGUGGCCAAAUCAGGCAAGCAUACAAACUCUGAAAGAAAGAACUGCAAAACGCGGGAUCCCAACGGAAACGGUGGAAGUCCCAAACUCCCCGGUACAGAGUUGGAUAUCGAUGCUUUCCGUUCGUACAGUUUCACCGAGCAGCCAAAGUGCCUAACUUAUAUUUCGGGACUAAUGAGUCUGCAUUUCUAUGGCGCAGAAGAUUUGAAGCUGCCGCGGGUUGAUUCCCGGGACAUCUACUGCGCCAUUCAGGUGGACUCGGUCAAUAAAGCUCGUACGGCUUUGCUAACCUGUCGCACAUCGUUUCUUGACAUGGACCACACCUUUAAUAUCGAGCUGGAGAACGCUCAGCAUCUCAAACUUGUUGUCUUCAGCUGGGAGUCGACUCCGCGACGGAACCGAGUGUGCUGUCAUGGGACCGUAGUUCUGCCGGGAUUAUUUCGAGUCAGUAAAACACACCAGCUGGCAGUGCGUCUGGAGCCGCGCGGGAUGAUCUAUGUAAAGCUGAGCCUGAUGGAGCAGAGGCAGAACUCGCUGGACGGAGAUCAUCCCCAAAUGCAGGUGUUCGGGGUGGAGGCGCGGCAUGUGGUGGAGCGGGAGGCGUCCGGGCUCAUGGUCCCGCUGCUCAUCGAGAAAUGCAUCUCUGAGAUCGAGAGGAGGGGUUGCCAGGUGGUGGGUCUGUACCGUCUCUGCGGUUCUGCUGCGGUGAAGAAGGAGCUGCGCGAAGCUUUCGAGAGAGACAGUCACAGCGUGGAGCUCUCGGAAAGCAACUAUCCAGACAUUAACGUCAUCACAGGAGUGCUGAAAGAUUACCUCCGUGAGCUCCCGCAUCCGCUCAUCACGCAGCAGCUGUAUGAGUGUGUUCUGGAGGCCAUGAUGAAGCGGCCGCUGCUGAUGGGAAACGCCGGCUGUGAAAACACACCAGCCGACUCCCAGCUCACCGUCAGCCUGCUGGACAUCCUGCCUGAUGUGGAGAAGGCAAGUCUGAAGAAGCUGCUGGACCACCUGAAGCGUGUGGCGUCUCAUCACGAGCUCAACAAGAUGCCGUGUCAGAAUCUGGCGGUGUGUUUCGGGCCGGUUCUGCUGAGUCAGCGGCAGGAGGCGUCCAGUCAGGCCAAGCGCGUCUUCAUCGACUCUGAGGAGCUGGCCAGCGCUCUGCACUUCAAGAAGCACAUCGAGGUGCUGCACUACCUGCUGCAGCUGUGGCCAGUUGUGGAUGCUCACGGUAAACCUUCAUCUCCAGUUCCAGUGGCGGCGACUGCUGUACGAAGGAGGAAAGAGCGUCCGCAGGUGCUGAAUCUCACUGAGGUGCACGUGACUGGGGUACUGCGGCCUCGAGCGGGUCGAUUAGACAGUCCCAGUAACCGCUACGCUGGAGACUGGAGCGGAUGUCAGGACUCAUACCUGCAGCAGACCAGCCUGGAGGAGGCCGACUAUGAUGAUGUUCCCAGCGAAGAGCCUCUAAACACAGGCCAGGAGGACCUACCGAAGAGUUCUGCAGAUGAAGAAGAGUUUCCUGAGGUGGAGGAGGCAGCGGAGAGGGUUGAGGAAAUGCAGAUUGAGGAGGAGGAAGAUGAGAGUGAUGAAGAUGAGACGGGAGGAUUAGACAGGCUACAAAUAGAGGAACCGCUGUCUAUUAGCUCCUGCGACGAGAUCCUGCCAGAUCCCAUGGAGCACCAACCCAAAGAGCACACUUACCAGGCCUACAUGAAGAUCCAGGAGAUCAGCCCAGUACUAAGCAAUAGAGUCAACCUGCGGGAUCUGCAGGAGAGCAUCGACACACUUAUCGGCAACCUGGAGCGGGAACUUAACAAGAACAAGCUCAACCUAGGGUACUGACUCUUUUGCAGGACGGUCGAUAUGUGGUGGUGCAGCCCUGGAGACAUGGAACGUUCUUGCUCCUAUGGGAUGCAUGUACAAGAAGACAUUCCUCACAUCUGAUUUGUGUUUUUGUUUGUCUCCUGGUCUGUGUUGUUGAUCUCUUGUUUUUCUUCUUAUGAGAAGAAGUCAUUGAACCCCUAGGGGUGCACCAGGUGCCUUCAUUGUGUUAAGGUGGUGCUUACGACAGAGAGAGCUUUUUACUUUCUACGGAGGUACAUAACAUUAUAAACCAAUGCACUUACGGGGCCUGCCGUUAGAGGUACGGCUCGUUCAGGUACAGGCGUGAAGCCUUACAGUGGGAGAACUCGGUACUACAGAUAGAUCCCGGGUUAUUAACCAGGAUUACUCAAUACUGCUCAAUAAGAUCUGGCUUGAACCAGGUUCAACCCUGUAAACAGACUUGAACCAGCUCAUCAAGGGCUUAGGAUUUACUUCAAGAAGUAGAUCAAGAUUGAGUACCCUGCUGUAAACCCAACACUAUGAAUCUAAACUUCAUUUCAGUCAUCUAAAAUGCAGAUUACCUUACAGAGUGGAUGAUACUUUGAGAUUCCAGAUGUCUAAACUUUAAUUAUAUACCUUUAUUCUGAACUAACCCUCACCCCCUAAUCCUGUCCUGCUCCAGGAAGGCCAACUUCAGCUCUGUUUAAACACACUGUAACUAGCAAUCAAGGUCUUGAGUUCACCAGGAGUGGGAUUGAGUACCUUUCUCCCAAACUUUCCUCAGGAGUCUCAAAUGCAGGUGAUCUAGUUAGGUGGGGUUACCUGAUAGUUUGAGAAUCCUGUAUUCUGCAGUGUUUAAAAUUCUGAAAGUUAUGUCCUAAACUUACACCCUAACUGUCCAGUCCUGCUCCUGAAAAGCUCUGGCCGGUAGUAACAGAUCAAAACUCCCUAUUUUUUAAUCUUUUAAUUCCUAAAGGCCCCAUACUUCAAACAAAAACAAACUGAAUCAUCAUUUCAAACAAAGCAGGCUGAAACAAAGCAGGUUCUUUUAGAGUUUAUGCAGUUUGAUACAACUCACCAAAGCAAGGCCAGCUUCAGCUCCACCUAAACACACUAGAUUAAACUAGAUAAUCAAGAUCUUGGUUCACCAGGAGUGGGACUGAGUACCUUACCCCCUAAUCCUUCAGAACCCUCGAAAGCAGAUGAUCUAGUUCAGAGGUGGCCAAACUUGGUCUUGGAGGUCUGGCGUUCUGCUGCUCCUACCCUGAUUAGACACACAUGAACUAGCUAAUCAAGGUCUUAAGCUGUGUGAUAAACAUUCUGGCAGGCGUGUUGAAGCAAGUUGGAGCUAAACUCUGCAGGACACCGGCCCUGCAGGACCGAGUUUGGACUCCCUAAAUCUAGUUAGAUGGUGUUAUCUGGUAGUUUUGAGAUUCCUGCAUUCCACUCCAUAAACUCUGAACUACUCUUAAACCAGCAAAUCUAAGUCCUAUGGCAGGGGUGUCAAACUCAAUUCCUUGAGGGCCCUGCACAGUUUAGUUCCAACCCUAAUUAAACACA